UUUUUUUUAUAUUUUUAGGUCAGGGUAAACUUGCAGAGGGUCAACACAAGGUGGAGUCGAGCGCCGUUCCACUUCAAAUGUCAAAAAAAAAAGAAAAAAAGAAAAAAAGAGCAGACAGAGAUAUGAAAUCUGGGAAUAUAUAUAUAUAGAUGAUAUUUCUCUUGGAUUUUAAAUUUUCAAAUAAAAAACUUUAUGUAUUGUAUGGUAUGAUGAGCAUGAACCACGAUAAGCCAAUCAUCCCCUGCUUCACCAGCACCCUCCACCUCCACCUUUCCAUUCAAAAAAAAAAAAAAAAACUUUUUCUUAAAAAAAAUCAAGAACUGAAACCGACCCAAAAUAGGUAAAAGAACUUGAAUUAGAUCCGAGAUCUCCCCAUAAAUCUCUGACCCUGAUCUCUCUCUCUCUCUCUCUCUCUCUGAACUGAACUGAACUGAAUUUUCUCACAUGGGUUUCUUUCCUCUCUGUUUCAAUACCUCACGCAGUGGCUUGCUUGAGAGAUGAUGUUUGAAAGGGGGAGGGAGAGAGAGAGAGAGGCUAAUGAUGGGUUGCAGAGUCGAUCUCUCGGGGGCAUAGCCGUUUGUUUUCUUCGAUUGAUAUGUUAGAAAAUGAGAGUUGUUACUGUAGAUUUCAGCUAUACUGGUAAAUGGAACAGGAACUGUUCUGCAACCAAAGUAAUAGUUAGGGUUUUCGAGUAGGGUCCGAAGGAGGGGGCUUUAGGGGAGGGGAGAGAGCGAUGAUGAGAAGUUGAAUGUUGAAUUCGAAUUGGGUUUGCUGUGAAAUUGGCACCAACAUGAUAGCUUCUGGGAUUAACUUAGUGAUGACAGUGUUUGGGUUCGCAGUGAGUACGAUGUUCAUCGUGUUCGUCUGCACCAGGCUCAUUUGCGCUCGCAUCCAACUGAAUGCUUCGCGGCGAUCCUUCCCUAUUGCUUCUAGAUCUGAUCUUAGUAUACUGGAACGUGGGUUACAUGGUCUUGAGCCUACGGUUGUCGCCAACUUUCCCACAAAGAAGUACAGUGAUGGGUUUUUCUCAUCAGCAGAACAUGCACAAUGCACAGUUUGCCUUGCCGAAUACCACAAAGAAGAUAUAUUACGGAUCCUUCCAUAUUGUGGUCAUUUCUUCCAUGUGACGUGCAUAGACAUAUGGCUACAGCAGCAUUGUACUUGCCCUGUCUGUCGAAUUUCAUUGCGUGCAUCUCCUGAGAGAAAAUUCUUGAUGCAACCUGUUUCCAGUUCGGCUAUCAGAUCCCAUUAUGGCAUGGGGCCCCUUGAUGCACAUUCUUAUCAUCGUGUGUUGGCUGAGCGUGGGUUGUUGUCGAGAAGCCAUGACAACCAUAUGAUGGAUCCUAUUCAAGAGGAUCAUUUUGCACCUGAGGUUGAUGGAGCAGAGGCUGGAGAGAGCAUCCUCCCCUUGGCUGAGGGUGAUCGUAUCACAAAAGACUCAGGAAACAAGCUUGUAGAGAGUCCAUCAAAUUCAUAAAUCUGGGUUUCUCUGAAUUCAAGCUCCAUUCUUGGAAACCUCCAAUUUGUCACAAGUUAAAAAUGAGUACAUCCAGAAGCAUAUAUAUGGAAUUGAAAAUCACUGAAACUGCCUCAGGUAGUUGAUUGUUCUCCUCUUGGCUUCUUGUACAUAUGGCAAAAGUGAAUUUUUCCUCCUCUUUCUUUUUAAAUAUACCCCUUGCAAUAGCUGGCAGCUUACAUUUUUGUUAGUGUAGUUGUGAAACCAGGAUUUAAGUAGUUCAAGGUUGCUGCAGGAGGGUUUUUUUUUGGUCCCCAUUUUUAGUUCUCUCUUGUACUCUGUUGUUUCCUGUCUGCAAUUCUGUAGUAGAAUGUAUAAAGCUUAUGUUUGAGAGGUUUUGAUAA